AUGCCCUUCCCGCUCAGUUUGGUAGCCUUCAUCUUCAGCUCGGUGGUCUACGGCACCAGCUACCGGUCCAUGAGCUCCAUGGCGAAGCCGUCCUUCGCGGACGACGGCAGCCUCGCCGACGGGGGCAUUGACCUGAAUAUGGAGCAGGGGAUGGCAGAGCACCUCAAGGAUGUGAUCCUGCUGACAGCUAUAGUCCAAGUGCUGAGCUGCUUCUCGCUCUACGUCUGGUACUUCUGGCUUUUGGCUCCGGGGCGCGCGCUCUACCUCCUAUGGGUGAACAUCCUGGGGCCCUGGCUUACCGCCGACUCCUCGCCGGCCAGUCAGGAGCCGAACGAGAAGAAGCAACGCCGACAGGAACGCCGACAGAUGAAGCGCUUCUAGCCCUGGCUGGGGAGAUAGAUUAACGCCGUCUCUCAUCUCCGUGCUGUUAUUUCAUCAGGGAUGCGACCGAAACAAAUCCGAAACCAUCGCAGUAGCUACGUUACCCUCUGUCAUUGCUGCCAUGCCACUGGAAACGCUGCACG